AUGUCUGUUGUCUUUCUUGACUCUCCAACACUUUCUGACACAACUUUUAAAGCCCUUGCAGAAUGUAAACUUUUGAAGGUCAGCAUUGAAGGGAAUAACCAAAAUGAUGAUUUAAGUUUCAAGCUGAUGAGUAAAUGCUGCCCCUACAUGAGGCACAUUCAUGUGGCUGAUUGCCAGUGGAUUACAGAGGCUGGUGCUAAGAUGAUUUCACCAUUGAAGCAUAUUCUUGUACUGAAUAUGGCAGACUUCACAAGUGUGGGAAGUGGAUCAAAGGAUUGGUGUACAAGCAUUGUAAUUGAGUUCUGCAAGGGCACAGAAUACCUGGAACACUGCCUUGUCUCUUACUGCCCUCAGCUGACAGAUGAAGCUGUGAAAACAUUGGCAUUUCACUGCCACAGACUGACAUCUGUCAACACAGGAGGCUGCCCAAAGAUGAUUGAUACACAUAUCCAAUACUUGGCUGCAGCCUGCCAUUAUCUCCCCUGCUUGGACUCAGUCUCAGGUUGCAUUCAUCUUACUGACAACCUGAAAUAUCUUUGGAAAGCCUGUGAGCAACUCCAGAUUCUCACGACACUGUUCUGUAGAAAAAUUACCAAACAAGCUACUUUGAAAUACACAGCUGAACUGGAGAAACAGGAACAUAAUGAUGCUGACCAUCCUUCCUGGCUCAGAUAUGACUGGGAUGGUAACAUAAUCACCUUCACCAAAACAUGCAGAUCAGAGCCUGAAAAAACAAAUUCUUCAAAAUGAAAUAAGAAGAAAUUGUGCAGCAUCUCUACAGUUCAAGGGUUUUUCUCUAGAGCAUGAAAAGACCACUGUGUUAU